CGGCUGUGCCGUUGAUGGUGGCAGGGAAGAGGACAGCGCGUCGGGGAAGACAGUGGCAUCGACGGCGGUGGGGAAGACAGCUGCAUGUGGCGGGGAAGACAGAGGAGCAGCGGGGAAGAUUGUGGCAUCUACGGUGGGGAAGAAAGUAGCAGUUGUGAUGGCGGUGGAGACAGUGACUGCGGUGCGGCGGGAAAAAGGCGGCAGGUAAGACAGUAGGUAAGACAGCAGGUAUGAUGGCGGCAGCGCCAGCACCAGCGGCGGAGAUGGUGACGGCUGCGCAGGGGGAAGAAGGCGGCAGGUAAGAUGGCAGCUAAGAUGGUAGGUAAGGCGGGAAAACGGCUGUGGCAUCGAUGGCGGCAGUGACAGUGGCACGGCGUGGGAGAUGGCGACAGUGAUGCAGAGGGGAAGAUGUCUGCAGCAUCAACAGCGGCAGGGAAGAUGGCAGUGGCAGCGGUGGUGGCAGGAAGAUGAUGGCGGCAUCAACAGCGGCUGCGACGGCAGCACGGCAGGGGCGAUGGCAGCGGAGGUGGUGGCAUGGCAGUGAAGACAGUGGUGGUAUCAAUGGUGGUGGGGAAGACAGCAGUGCAGCAGGGAAGACAACAGCAGCAGAGAACAAGGUGGCAUUGACAACGGCAGGGAAGAUGGCUGUGGCGUCGGCGGCGGGGAAGAGGGCGGCACAGCAGGGAAGACAGCGGCAUCGAUGGCGGUGGGGAAGACAGCGGCAUGGCGGGGAAUAAAGCAGCGUCAGUGGUGGUGGGGAAGAGGGUGGUGCGGGGGGGAAGACAGUGGAGUUGGCGGCAGUGGGGAGGAGGGCGGUGCGGUGGGGAAGAGAGUGGCAUCGAUGGUGGCGGGGAAGACGGCGGUGCAGUGGGAAGAUGGCAGCAGUGGGGAAGACGGCAGUGGGGGAGACGGCGGCAUGGUCGGGAAAAUGGCAGUGGUGGGGAAGAUGGCGGUGGUGGGAAGACAGCAGAGGCGGCAGCCGCGGGGAAGAUGGCUACGGUGUCGACAGCGGCCGGGAAGACGGCAGCGCGGCGGGGAAAAUGGCAACGGCAGCAGUGAUGGCGGCAGCGAUGACAGCACAGCGGGGAAGAUGGCAGCAGCAGAAAGACAGUGGUGGCGUCGACAGUGGCUUCACCGCCACCAUCGCUGCCACUUGCAGCCGCCGUUUCUUUUGAGAAAGCUACAAUACACCUUCUUUUACUGAGA